ACAAGAACAACCCAACCAACAUUAAAAUUUUAUUCUUUUAUAGAGAGUGAAUAUAAACAUCACUCCUCUUUCUGCUUCUCACUUACACACAAUAUAUACACAUAUAAAUAUAUUUAUAUGUGCCCGUGUGAUAUCAACAGCUGUAUCAAUCUUCUCUCUUUGAAAACACACAAGUCUCUUUGCUCUCUCCUCUCUCUAUUUGUUUUGUUUAACCAUGUCGGGAAAAAGAAUAAGCAUGGUCGAGAAAAGUAACAACAAGAGACAAAGAGUGAACCAAGUUCCAAAGUUCAGUAUCAACGACCACCACGACGUUCUUGUAGAAAUCCUCCGGCGACUAGACGGUCCAUCUCUUUGCUCAGCCGCAUGUGUGUGCCGUCUUUGGUCGGCCGUGGCUCGUAACGACUCUAUAUGGGAAGAGCUCUGUUUCCGACAAGUUUCACCACGACCUUCUUUGUCUCUUCGUUCCGUUGUGUCGGCUCUUGGUGGCUACCGAUGUCUCUACUUCCUCUGUAUCCGUCCCGUCCUCGCACGACUUCCUAAGCUUCGUUGGACACGAGACCAGCUUCAGCUCUCUUUGUCACUUUACUGUGUUCAUUACUACGAGCGCCUCUACGUCGGCGCGUGGCUUGGAGACGCGCCACCUUCGUCGCUUAUGUUUCUUCGGAAGCCCGUUAAUGUUGUCUGAACCGGGACCGGAACGGCCCUUUUUUUGUUUCUCGACGAUCAAUAAAUUAUUAGUUCCCAAGAUUUGUAUUCUUUUAUCAAAUUAUUUUUUUAUUCCGACUUUUACGGUUACGAAAUUUCGAUUUCUUCAUUUCAUUACAAGAUUUUAUUAAUAAACGUGAUCUUUUUUUUCA